AUGGUCAACGCCACGUCGGCUAGCCUCUCGUUGGCCGCCUCCAUGGCCAACAACAAGACACUCUUCGACACGGCCCUGCCACCCCUCCCCGCCUACUCGCUCUCGCCCCGCCCCGACUUUUUCCCCUGGCUGCCCGACUUUUGGCUGUCCUUGGUCGCCCCCGUCAUCGUCUACUGGGUCAUGAGCCUCGGCUUCCACCUCGUCGACACGCUCGACCUGUUCCCGCAGUACCGCCUACACACACCCGAGGAAAUCACGAGUCGCAACCACGCCUCGCGCUACGAGGUCGCCCGCGACGUCGUCGUCCAACAGCUCAUUCAAGUCGUCACCGGCGCCGCCCUGCAGCUCGCCGACCCUCCCGAGUAUAUCGGCAAGGACGGCUACGAUGUCGCCGUCUGGGCCACGCGCGUCCGGCUCGCUCAGCGCGCCGUGCCCGGCCUGCUCGGCCUCGUCGGACUCAAUGCUACCGCCAUUGCCAAGAACAUGGCCCCAGCGCAUCCCUUCCUCGCCGGCGCCCUCGCUGGCGGCUACUACCCUUUUCUCAAGACCGACGCCCAAGUCCCCGUCUUUGCCCAUUGGGAGCUCGCCCUCGCCCAGCUCAUCUACUACUUCCUCGUCCCAGCCCUCCAGUUCUUUGUCGCCGUCUUCAUCCUCGACACAUGGCAGUACUUCUUGCACCGCCUCAUGCAUAUCAAUCGCUGGCUGUACACGACGUUUCACUCGCGCCACCACCGCCUCUACGUUCCCUACGCCUACGGCGCCCUCUACAACCACCCCUUUGAGGGCUUUCUUCUCGACACGCUCGGUGCUGGCAUUGGCUUCAAAGUCACGGGCAUGACCACUCUUCAGGGCACCUGCUUCUUCACCUUUUCCACCAUGAAGACGAUUGACGACCACUGCGGCUACGCUUUUCCCUGGGACCCACUCCAGCUCAUCACCAACAACAAUGCCGCCUACCACGACAUUCACCACCAAACCUGGGGUAUCAAGACCAACUUUUCCCAGCCCUUCUUCACCUUCUGGGACGGUAUUCUCAAUACAAAGUACAAGGGCGCCCGCGCCGACCGCCUCGCCGACAAGAAGCGCACUGCUGAGAAGACGGCUGCGAAAUAA